AUGUCUUCAGAUUUCAACCCUAACAGAGACCCAGACAUCAACAUUCCGAUUUGGGUACGAUUGGUGGAACUUAGAGCAACAUUGUGGAAUGAAUCGUCCAUCAACAAGAUUGCCUCAUGUAUUGGGGUCUCCCUUACGACAGACUACCGUACACUCCAAAGGGAGAAUAUUAAUGGGCCAAGGAUUCAAGUGAUUGUCAAUGCAGCCACCAAACCAAGGGAAUCACUCACAAUAAGACUUCAUACCGGAGAAUUCUACGAUCUUAAGAUGGAGUAUGAGUGCUUGCCCAAAUACUGCACUAAGUGCCGAUCCUUUAGCCAUUUAGAGAACAGAUGCAUGGGGCCUAAGGACACUAUUCGCCAGCCACCAAGGCAAGGAACGACUGGGAUGAAGAAAAAACCAAAUGAUCAGAGGAACAAUGGGCCUAUACCACAACAUGAUCUGAAUAGGAAACCAGCAAAGCAACCCAAGGGAAAACCUCAUUGGAAACCAACAGUCAACACUAUAGGAGCGGAAAAAGGGCAACACCCUGAUUCGGAGCUAGUCGGCACAUUACUUGCCUAUGCUUUGCCUAACAGAUUUGAUCCAAUUGGGGACGAAGUGGAAGCUAACGAAGAACUGGACAAACAGAACGGACAAUGUGGGAAGCCUAAGAAACAGAAGAACAACAUUUGUCCCUCUAGCUCAAUAGAUAACAACAUUGAAAAAAAAGUGGCAGACGCAGUGGCGGAUGGCACUCUGCAUGUAAAUGCGGCUAAGAGAGGAUCCGAACGUGGAAGGAGUCGUGGACGAAAACAAGGGGCAACCAACUCUUCCAAUGUCACUUCACCAGCUCCAAAUGGUGCGAAUUUACAAAACGCUAUUGUGGUUCAGGCCACUGAUCAAACCAACAAGCCAAGUGUGGGACAAGCAAUGGCCACAAACCGAGGAAGAAGAGCUCCUCUAGAACGCGGUCUAAAUCAACAUCACGACCCCUACGGAUAG